ACCGAGAGAGUGAGUGAGAGAGAGAGAGAGCGGUGCAUGAUGGGUUAUUGUCCUGAACAUUAUGUCAGCAUGCAGAUGUUGCCCAUUUUCCUGAUGAAAUUAGCUUCUGUACAGCAUCAGUAUCAGAUACAGUGUAUUCAGGGUGCCUACGCUUACACGCAUGACUGCACAGCCUCUCUCUCUCUCUUUAUCUUUCUCGCGCUAUUUGUGUGCUCUGCGUCUGUGCAGGCAACACAGCGAGGCUGAGAAAUGCACCGCCACAGGCACUGUGAUAAAGCGAGCGAAACAGUGUGCUCUUAUUGCCUUGUCAUCUAGAUUGAUUUUAUAAAUCUGCAGGUGUUUGUUCAGGGCGAAUCAUACAGGUUUCUAUAGUGUCUUCUGUAAUCUAUACAUGCCAUAGAAGGGAAAAUACAUUUAAAAAAUUUUUUUUAAUUAAAUUGAUUCAAAUGGGCUUUUUUUCCCCUUAAAACCUGCAGGAGAGGUUUCUAACAUACCAUAGACGUGUAUGUAUCAUGUAUCACUGUUAAAGAAGUCUGCCAUGUUUAAUACAUGAAAAUGCAAUAUUACAGCACUGAUUGUACAAUGCAGUAUAUUUACAUUUAUUUAAAAUGAUUAUGCUUUGAAUAUAAAGACCUUUUACUGGAGUGAAAUUGUAACAACUGUAUGUACACUGACUGCACAAAAUAUCUAUCUAUCUAUCCAUCUAUCUAUCUAUCUGUCUGGUUUUCCUAUACGCCAAUCCAUUGAAUCCUUGAUCUAUCCAUGACCCAUCCAUCCAUCCAUAUAUUCAUCAACAUUCUACUCCUCAUUCUCUGACCUAUCUAGCCACAUACUCAGCAAUCCAUAUACUUGUUAGUCCACCUGUCCAUUCAUCCAUUCAUCUACUACCCAUCCAUCCAUCCAUCCACAUAUCUAUGCAUCCAUCCAUCCAUUCACUGAUCCAUCAGCCAUCCACUUAUUUAUCCAUCCUCCAUCCAUGCAUCCAUCCAUCCAUGUUCUACCCAUCAUUCUCUGACCUAUCUAUCUGUAUCUACCUUUCCAUCCAUCCAUCCACCCAUCCAUCCACUUAUCUAUCUAUCUAUCUAUCUAUCUAUCUAUCCAAUUCCUCUUCAGGAAAUAUUAUGCAUAUCAUUAACAAUAUUUUUGUAAAUGGAUGUCGAACAGAUUCUCAAAUAAACCAGUGAACCUUAUGUUGCUUGAGGCUCAGAUCUUCUGCCCCCACUCAUUUCCCAUAAGCAUACGCAAUUCAGAAAAAAAUAAAAUCGAUAUGGAAGAGAAAUGCAAGCUUUUUCAUGCUGACCUUAUUCUUUCUUUCAGAGGUCAGCACCUUGACCUCAGUCCCACAGGGCUUUCAAACAGCUCCACCUUUUUAGUGAUAAGCAAGCUAGAAUAAAUAAUGCUCCUUCCUUCUACCUCUACACUGUAACCUAUGCCUCAACAAAUUUGAAACUUUACAGAAGUUAUAAAGGCAUUACUGGGAAAAGUAAAAGGUUUUAGUGAGCUACUUUCCAAAACAGGACACUUUUUUCUGGAAUGUGUUUCUCUCUCUGGAGCCAUGGACCCUGAGGUGUCUGAGUCUGGAAAUCUAGAUCAGGAGAGAAAACUUGAAUGUACCUGCGAUUCAGAUUCAGUAAAUCCCUGUGUUCAAAUACUUUCAAGUCAUCGUGAUCAAGGAAUAACACAAGAAAGCACAGGGAGCACUGGGAUAAAAGAGGAGAUAUGUUUGAGUGUUGAAACCCCUAUGGUUUCAGCUACAGAUGGACUAAACAUGAGGGACAUUCACUCAGGAGAGUGUCUGGCUGAAGAACCUUUGCUUAAUGAACAUUUUAAUAACCUACAUCCUGAUGAAAGUGAGCACACAGUGUCAAGGACAGAGAGGACAGGUGGUGGGAUCAGCAGGACACCUGGCCAUUUGAAUCAGGAACCUACCGACUCUGCGGUAGACGAAUGCCCGAUUUGCACCGAGCCCUAUCACACCCAGGGUGACCAUAGUGUUGCGCUCCUAAACUGUGACCAUACCGUGUGCCAGCGCUGCUUGGCCGUCAUGCUCAAGCGGGCAGCGGACUGCUCUCGAGUACAGUGCCCCCUGUGUCGGCAGAAAACCCCACUUCUACAGUGGCAGAUUUACAGGCUUCAGGAGGAUGUCGCAUUCUGUACUUCUCAUCCUGCAGAUCUCUCAAUCCUGACGCCGCAACCAGAACCAGAAGUCAGCACAGGGUUCUGUUCGAGUCUGGAGCAGUGCUUGCAGGUGCGGGCUGAGACGGCUCGAGUAUGUGGAUGUUUUGAGCAUCCUCGUGGACUUAUACAGGCCAUCCGGCGCAUACAGAGACGCUGCCGUUGCUGCUAUGUGACAUUGCUGGUCAUACUAUAUAUGGUAGAGCUGAGCUUUCUGAUGCUAGUCUUUCUGCCCGUCCUCGUACUUGUACUUCUGUUCACUCUCGCAACCUAGAUUGAGGACAGUGACCCAGUACUAAGGAAAAGCAAGGCACAAUUGCUUCCUUUUGCAGAAUGUGUGAAUUUAUAGACAUAAACAGACUUGACAAAUGCACUUAAAGGAGCACUGUGUGAUUUUUGAGCAUCCUGUAGCUUGCAAAGCAUAAUUCAGCUGUUCUUUCCACCCAGUCUCCACUCCCUCUGUUGAAAUCACACAUUUUUUUCCUUCAAUAUGAUUCAUUGACCUGUUCUAGACGUAUUAUUAGAAUAGAAAUAUAUUGUAAGUAUUUAAAAGGAUGGGUGAUGAAAUUAAAGCGGCAGUAUGUAAUGUUUAAGCGUGUUUAUAUACGUAAUACAUAAUACAUAAUCAUAAUUUUAAACAUGUCUUGACUUUAGAGACAGUGCAAAAUAGAAAUUAUAGCACUAUUUUUGUAAUGUGACAUGUUUCAGAGUUUAGGGGGAAGGUAGAGCUGAAUAAUAACACAUAAGAUUAUUGCUUAACUUUUUUUAAUGAUACUGAUUGUUCGUCAUAUUGAUGAAUUCCAUACAAUAUGAACAGAGACACGAACUAAUAUGAUAGAAAUUGUAAUAAUUUUGACUGGAAGAUGGGCAGAGCUGGGCA